GUGAGUGAGAGUAUGACCAAGAAGCUGUACUUCAUUAAUUUUUGUUCCUAUCAAUGUGUGUAUAUAAAGACACAGUGUGAGUGUUUUGGGACCAAAACAACAUGGGAAGACCACGUAUCAGGCUGUGCUUUGGUCUCGCCACGCCUCGUGUUCGAGCCUGUUCUGCAUCUACUUUUCGUUCCAAGUCCCCCUCCUCUGCUUCCAUCAAAUUUGCAAACAGAACCGAGUUUUCAGGCCACCACUCUAACGGGGCUGAAGCAGGCAAUAAGAUAAUGGUGGUCGUGGAUUCUAGCUUUGAAGCCAAGGGGGCUCUUGAUUGGGCACUUUCUCACACUGUUCAAAGCCAAGACACUCUUGUUCUUGUUCAUGUCACCAGACCCAACAUGGAAGAUACGGAAUCUGGUGGGAAGUUUAAUGUGAAGGCUUAUCAACUUCUCCUUGAUAUGAAAAGUAUGUGCGAAAGGAAGAGAGCCGGGGUGGUGGUGAAUGUAGUUAUGUUGGAGGGAGAGGAAAAGGGUGUUGCCAUAGUGGAAGAGGCAAAGCAACAGAGGGUGUCAUUAUUGGUUGUAGGACAAAGAAAACGAUCCUUCUUGUGGUGCAUGUUGCGAACAUGGGUACGAAAGGGAACACGACCUGGCUUCGUUGAGUAUUGUAUACAGAACUCACCCUGCAUGACAAUUGCCAUCAGGAGGAAGAAUAAGAAACAUGGAGGCUACUUGAUUACUACCAAACGCCACAAAAAUUUUUGGCUUUUGGCUUAGUCUUAUCACCAUUUGUCAAAUGUGAUCAAGAGUUUUGUGUCUAAAUUUCGUCCUUGUUCAGAUUGGAUGCUGGAACUUUUACUGUAAUCCAAAUUAAAUUAUAAAUAUACCUUUACUUGUGCAUUUUUUA